AUGGAGUCAACAAAUACGCCUCAAGAUGUUCUCUCUAGGUCCCUUGACUUUAGGACCGAGGACCAAGAAUUAUGGUGGCAUGACAUAGCACCUUUAACCAACCGUCUCCUCGACUUGGUGGGGUGCUCUACGCACGAUCAGUACGAACAUCUUUGUUAUAUCUACCGAUUUGUCCUCCCCGCUCUGGGUUUGUAUCCUCGCCCAGGACUGAGCCAAGUGACCACUGCAGUCCCCGGCGGUCGCUCAUUUGAACUGAGUGUCAACUAUCAAAAUGGAAAAUCAACACUGCGAUACGACUUUGAGCCCAGCAGCUCGCUGGCAGGCACCUCCCGCGAUCCAUACAACCAGCUGAUGACCCCUGAAUUGCUGUCGAAGAUGGCACUGGGAGGGGCUACCAUAGAUUCGUUCUGGUAUCAUCAUUUCACCAAUAAACUGGGUCUCUCAAAACGGGAUGAAGCUUUCCUGAAAGACCAGGAGACCGGACUAGCCACCACCCAAUACAUGGUUGCGUGGGACCUAAAACAGGCGUCUAAUAACCCACUGAAGAUGUAUUUAUUCCCCUUGCUCAAGGCGCGCGCUACCGGUGUGCCUGCGGGUCGGCUCGUCAUGGAUGCAGUGGCAAGUGGAAGUGCUGAAAUAAAGGCCUCACCUGCGUUUGCAAUGAUUGAGGAGUAUCUGACGGAGCGAGGCCUGCUGGAAAAUGUUUGUAUCCUCAGCUGGGAUUGUGACGAUGUGGCAUCCUCACGUCUCAAAAUCUACAUCGCCGAUCCGGAGGUAACCCUCGAGCGCAUCGUCGACAUGUGGACACUGGGCGGUCGAUUGAGCUCUAGCAAGAGCAAUCAGCAAGGCCUGGAGCAUCUGAAAAAAUUCUGGAGCCGGCUUCGAAUUCCUGAGGGGUCACGCUCAACCUAUGAACUUGGCCAGCCCGAGCAAAGCGAUGGAAGAAGCGGAUUGACCUUCAACUGGGAGCUGAAAGCUGGUUCGGCCGAGCCAGAUCCGAAAUUGUACGUCCCUUGUAUGGGAGAGAACGAUCGCGAGCUUGCCCGGGGCCUGUCGACGUAUUUCAACGAUCUAGGCUGGUCCGACCUUGCCGGCUCUUACGAGAGCAAAAUUUCUUCGGCUUUCUCUCACAUCGACAUGGAAAAGUCCGACCGACUUAUAUCCUCGAUCUCAUUUUCUUACUCGGAGAAGAAGGGUCCCUAUAUGUCUGUGUACUAUCAUUCGUCAUUUGUAUAUCCCUGGCCCGGGGCGCGUGAAUUAGAGGCUGGAAAGCUACACUCUUGUUAGGCGCAUGUCUCCAGGAUCUUCGUUGGUAUUGGGUCCAUCUGCCAUGUUUCUAAGUUCUUCCUCUGCCUCGCUAAAUUGGUCCAACUCGUCUCUGAUCGCGUUGUUCGUUAUUCACUGCUGUGGCAUGACGCUGGUGCAAAUCAGUAACAAAGCCGCACCAUCGGAAAUGAUUCCGAUGUGUCUAUACGAAGAAUCAAAUCAUA